UCAGAUGACGGGACCAUCCGUAUCUAUCAACCCCCAGAGAUCCGAGUGGCAAAAGCUAUCAGGGGACUGGGUGCAGAGAUCUCAUCUAUAGCCUGCUCCACGGAACCCGAAAGCGAACUGGGGAUUGUAUGGCUCGCCUGCGGAAAACGUAUAAUGUCGUUUGACAUGACAGGUCCCAAAAUGAUUCUAUCGCUCAGCGAUGCCUCCACAAUAUUUGACAUCAGUGAAGACGACGAAGAUGUCCUCAAUGAGAUUAUGUUGAACCCCAGUGGAAAAUACCUCGCAUUCAGCACAGAUAGUGGGACGGUUGGUACUGUUGAAAUUGCAACCAAAAAGAUUUCACGAAUGAAAUCUCGACAUGACAAUAUAUGUGGGUCAGUCGCGUUUAUUCCGGACCGUCCAAGCGAACUAGUGAGCGGGGGAUAUGAUUCCGCAUUACUACAUUUCGACUUCCACCAAGGCAAUGUCUUAUCGCGUAUUGACUUCACUUCACCCCCACCAUCCUCAGGCAUAUCUCUGUCUCCGCCAUUCAUUUUGUCCCUUGCCAUGUCAGCCUCUGGUCUCAUUGCUGCAGGAACUGCAGAUGGACGAGUUUGGAUCGGUGGAGGAGGCGAGAAGAGAUCUGGCGCAGCUUCUGGGAAGAAAAAAAGGAAUCGCAAGUGGGAAGGGCUCAAAGAUGAUGAAGCUUUCACAACCAAGAUUGCGGAGGGUCCCGUUGUCGCUGUGUGCUUUCUUGAUCCGAUGACGCUGCUCACAUGUACUCUGCUUGGAACGUUCUCGCAGCAUACUAUCUCCCGCGUCAACGGCAAACUGGUGCUCGAAACGGCGUGGACUGUAUAUGUGAAAGGCGUUGCAAAAGUGAAUGCUCUAGUUGGUUUUGACGGCUGGAUCGCGGUUGGAGGGUUUGGUAAGGAUGGCGAAGGGCUCGUAGAGAUGUGG